GUCUCUGUACAGCACAGAGGUACGGAGGGAGGUUAGAAAACGCGCUGUCUAGAUCUCAGCCAGAGGGUCAGCCAGAGACUUAGGAGCUGGUGCAGGAGACAGCCAGAGAGCCGGCUGAGCAGAGCCAGCCCCCACAAGCUGCAAUGCAGAGGCUGGGGGGGUGUCUCCUCCUGUUGCUUUUAGCAGCCAAGAAGGAAGCAGGGACCCUACAAGUGAGGCAAGAUCCUGCCCAGAUCCUGGCCCCCCUGGGGAGCUUGGUGGAGCUGUCCUGCCGGAUCGAAGCUGCCGAGCACUGGGAGAGGCUCCGUGUGGAGUGGAAGAGGGAGAGCGCCCUGAGGGCUCUCUGCCAGGUCGUGCUGCGCAAUGCCAGCAUCACCAACUGCUGCAAGGGCAUGGAGGGCUGUGAUGACGCCCGCCUCGGCUUCACCUGGCACCCCCCUAAGUUCACCCUGAGGAUGGGCAACAUCAGUAAAGAUGACGUGGGGCAGUACAUAUGCAUAGCCACCAUGGAUAUCCCGAUGCAUCUGGAGGCCAAGGGCAACGGGACGAUGCUGAAUAUCUCAGCAGCAGACGGAGGAGGUUGGCUGAGGAAUCACAGCAGAGAUCUUGUGCUGUGGCUGGGCCUGGCUGGAGCGCUGGCCGUCACCACACUGCUGCUACUGCCGGCCGUGAUCUGCUGCUACAAAUGCAGGCGCCGAGAUCCAGGGCAGGCAAUCUACGUGAACGUUCUGUUCCGCAAAAAGCAAGAGGAAAUGAAAGACAGUGCCCAAGCCAGUAGUGAGAUGAAGCAGAGCAGCAUCUACAUCCGGGAGUUCCAGAGACUGGGCACAACUGGAAGCCUCCAGUUGCAGAAUGAAGCUCUGGCCCCACGAAAGCUUCCAAAAAGGCCUCCUCCUUCAAGCAGAGGGCAAUGGAAAGGCCAUGAUCUGCGCAGCGCUCGGAUGCCCCCAGUCAGAGCCCUGCCCACUCUGUUUCUACGGUUCUAACCCUGCCCUUCUCCAAAUGGACCUUGGGGCUUCCUCUCACUGCGGUUAAGUGCCACCCAUGUGCUCGGGGCUGCACACAGCACAGCGUGAAGAGGGUCCCUGCCCUGCUCUGCUUAUGAUCAGAGAGACCAAAGUGCGGGGACUGGGUGCCCAGAGGGAGGAAUCGCAGAGGAGAGUGUUUGGUUUGUUUGCUGUGGCCAGGGGGGAGAAUCAAGUGCAGAGUGGGGAGAGAGGCCAGGAUGGGGACGGCAUCGAAUCUGAAUCCUCUUCUCAAUGACAUUCAGGUGCUUAAUCUCCCCCUCACUUGGUUUCAAUGGGAAUUAGGCACCUAAAUACCUUAGGCGGCUCUGGGCCUUGGAGCUUUAGAAUCCUAACACUCCUCUAUCAAGGGAGCACAGGGCCUUUCCCCCCAUGACCUCUGGGCCGUUCAGUGGGAGUUACCCUGAAAGGGAGGAAAAACCCUUCUGGCCAGGAGGAAAUCUGUGCACCUGGGUGCAAUCCUGCCUCUAUGGCAGUCAGUGGCAACGUUCCCAAUGAGCUGAACCGGGCCAGGACCGUGUCUGUCUGUGCCCUUUAGCAGGUGAGGUGCCAGACGCGAGGGGCAGGUCUCUUCAGCGGUGCCCAGUGGCGCUGUGCUUGGGAGCUGCCCAGAGGCAGCUCUCAGCACCACCCCUGCGUCCUGCUGACAUUUGUACUUCAUAAGAACAUCAGAACGGCCAGACUGGGUCAGACCAAAUAUCCAUCUAGCCCAGUGUCCUGUCUGCCUACAGUGGCCAGUGCCAGGUGCCCCAGAGGGAAUGAACAGAACAGGGAAUCAUCAAGUGAUCCAUCCCAUCACCCAGCUUCUGGCAAACAGAGGCUAGGGACACCAUCCCUGCCCAUCCUAGCUAAUAGCCACUGAUGGACCUAUCCUCCAUGAACUUAUCUAGUUCUUUUUUGAACUGUGUUAUAGUCUUGGCCUUCACAACAUCCUCUGGCAAGGAGUUCCCCAGGUCAGCUGUGCAUUGUGUGAAGAAAUACUUCCUUUCGUUUGUGUUAAGCCUGCUGCCUAUUAAUUUCAUUUGGUGGCCCCUGCUUGUGUUCUGAGAAGGAGUAAAUAACACUUCCUGAAUUCCUUUCUCUGCACCAGUCAUGAUUCAACAGCCACCCACUAGCAUUGCCCAGCUGGGCUGACAGAUGGCACGUGUGCUGCUUCUCAUUCAGCCCUGUGGCUUGGUAGGGGAGCCCUCUCGAGACGGGGACUAGCUGGGAUGCCCACCGUACUGGCCAGGAUUACAAUGCCUAGGCAGACGGGCUGCCAGACGACUUGUCCAUGGUGACCGAUGAAGAAAAUGGCAAGAAAAUGUAGCAAACUCUUCUCCAGACAGUUCACGUGUAAACGGCGUUGCAGUUUCGGGGUAACGGCACCUUUAUUCCCCCCCGGUGCUCCCUCGAGGGCACCUACUUAAGGUUUCCGGCUCCUAGUGGUUGCCUCUUUUGGGUGGGGACCUGCAUCUCUCCCCCCGCCUGACUGGGGUUUUCAGGCUGCACGGCUCCCUGCCAUACACUGUGAUAUCCCAGCAAGCCAGUCUGCCUGCAGGCCCGCACUUGGGCUUUGCUUUCUGCCCGAGGGUUAUAAAGAGGGUGGCCAGCAGUUAUAAGUUACCAGCCAGCUCUGAACAAGCACCUUCAUUCUUAAGGCAAAACCAUUACAGAGUAAACCUAGAAAGACAAGUUGCCAUCACCCAUCAGUCUUAUGGGGCCCUGGGAGGCCACGGUCUUUCCGGAAGGGUUGGGGCCAGCGCUCCCAUCCUCGGCUGGCUCAGAAAGAUGCCCUGAGGCAGUUUAAACCCAGCCUCCUAAUACCAAAAGCCCUUUCUUUGUUUGUUGAGGUCUGAAAAAACCAGUUUGAAUCAGUCUAUUCCAGCCUGGAGUUGUGGGGCGGGUGUUAAGUAGACUCUGGAGGUGUUUAUAAUCAAAGUUAGGGUGACCAGAUAGCAAGUGUAAAAAAUCGGGACGGGGGUGGGGGGUAACAGGUGCCUAUAUAAGAAAAAGUCCCCAAAAUCGGGACUGUCCCUAUAAAAUCAGGACAUCUGGUCACCCUAAUCUAAGUGAUUCACCUUAAUCAUCCCCCUCCGCUUUGCCUUCCGGGACACCGGCCCCGGCAAUGGCAGCCAUAGGUUGCUAAAUUUGGUUGGACCUAUUCCUGGAGGUUUUGUCAUGUGACAUCAUCUUUAAUUAAAGAUUAAUCAUUCAUUCCUGGAGACUCCAGGACAAUCCUGGAGGCCUGGCAACCCUAAUUACAUGCCCUGGCCCACAAGUGGCACAUACGCCGUUCAUACUUGUAACACAAUAUGGUCUCCAAAGAUCAUGCAUUCAGUUGCAAUAUCUGUCACACACUGUAUGUAAUAAGCAUGUAGCAAGGCAACAUUGUCUAGGGGUUAGAGCAGAGGUCUUGGCUCGGAAUCCUGGCUCUGCCACUAACUCACUGUGAAAUCGGAGACAUCACCUUGUGCCUCAGUUUCCCUCUUUUUGAUGUGAGUAUAAUUCCUACCCACUUUUCUAAAGCACUUUGAGAUCCUUGGAUGAAAGAUGCUUUUGUAAAUGCAAUGGUUUUUAUUACUAUUAUAAUUAUUGUCUAUAUUAUUUUAUUUUUUUUCUUCUCAAUGGAUUCUGUAAAAUGGAUGGUAAAGCAAAGCUGUCCGAAUGCAACUCUGUCCUUUGGAAUCUGUCAUGUCUUGAACUCUCUGCACACUUAGUCAGAUGCAGGCCAGCUUUGAUGGCCUUUUCGAGUGUGUGUCUGACGUUUAUGUUGUUAAAAGAAAAGCAGGUGUGUUGAUCAAACAAGCAAAGCUGUGUAUAGUUUUAGAAGGUAGGGAUUGUGUUUAACGCUCUUUUCUGCCUCUUCUGAUAUAUAAAGAGGACCUGAAAGUUGAGCUGGGUGACUAAUGGAUUUUUCAAUUCACUGGUAAUUUUGGGGGAUCAAAAUGAUGACAAUGUUUUUCAUAAUUUUUCAGCAAAUAAAAAAGCUGAAGAAAAUUUCAUGUGGAAGUGAAAUGUUGCAGUAAAUAAAAAAUUUUGCCCAGCU